CAAGUUAGCAACCCUUAUUAUAGAGACAUACCUACAUAAGAAUUACGACAUUCACAUCACAACGGAAAUCGCCUUAGAAACGAGGUCAUAUGGUCUAACAGGGCACCAUGAAAGAAGCACCACUUGGGCGACACAAGAUCCAAUAUAGCCUGAGAGGCUGUGAAGAGACAAGUCAUGCGCCGCUGCUGUUGAUCUGAUCCUUUGACGUACGUAGCCUCCACUGGCUUUGAGCGCGUACCUUGCUGUGGUUGUACAAAGUUCUUGCCUGGGAGGCCUUGUUUGGUUAUUUCUCGCAUUUCCUGGUACAAGAUGGCGUACUUAUCUAUGAGUAGAAACAAGGCACGUCGAUGGAAGUCUUGUUAGCUUAAAUCAUUUGGUGUCAUUUGCGGUGUGACGAUCCCAGAGUGUGGCUGUUUAUUCCUCACCUCUCUUACCUACCUUAACCUACCUACCUUACCUACCCUUGCUACCUAGGCCUGCUUCCCCGCAUACCUACAUCAACUAACGUGCCUUGAGAGGAGUGAACCACACCUCCCGUGCAGUAGCAGAAGGUCAAUGUGUAAAUAAUUCUGGGUGUUUAAAUACUUCUUCUCCCCUCCACCCUCUCCAUAUUCUCCCCCUAUCGCUUCUUCGACACCACACACAACUUUGUUUUGACGGCGAACUUCUUUCCUUUCCAUCGACUACAACCUUGAGCCGAGCUCAGCUCUACAGCCCUUCAUCAUGGCAAACUGGCAACAGUACAAUCCCUUUGGUAAGAGGGAAUCCCACUCUAGUAGUGCGAUCCUCACCUACAAGAUUCUUACUCUCGUCACCUGGAUCUUGUCCCUCGUCGUCACUGUCUACUACACCCUCAACCGUCCCGAUGAUGGGCACACAAGAAAUAGAAAGAUCUGGGAGCAGAACCACAUGUAUCGCACUGCCUUUACGCUGAACCCAAUCAUCACAUCCAUCUACUGGAUCGUUCUCUUCAUUCUCCAGGCUGGUUACAUUGGUCACCUAUUCUCGAGCAACUCGGACAUUGUUCACGCUGCUGCCAGCGUUGGAAGCCACUUCAUCUUCAACAACCUCUUCCACUUCGCUUUUGUCAUGCUGUUUGUCCGCUCUCACUUCCACUGGGCUGAGGUCAUUCUCGUUCUCAACUUCAUCAACCUCUCCUCGCUCUACUUCCGCCACAACACGUAUCCCCGAUUCAUUCAUACGCCUGUGGUGUCCGGACCUUUGGCUUGGACCUUUGUCGCAAUUUACUGGAAUGGUGCUCUGAUGGUUCCCCACCCCGACCACCUUGUUGCUCGCAUCUUUGGGAACAUCUUCAUCUGGUCCAUUCUUGUUUAUGGACUUUUUUUCAUCACCAUCUACAAGGAUUACACCAUGGGCUUCUCACUGAGCGUCUUUGCUGCUGCAAUUGGAGUUUCUCAGUUCCUUCACCAGGUGAUUGCUUUCCAGUGGAUCUUUGCCUUUGUCAUCAUGGCUCUGCUUUUCAUCGCCACUGUCGUUGUCGCUGUUCCUGCCGCGACUGGCCGCGAGAUCAACUGGCGCAGUGCCCCUGCUGACCAGGAGCGUGCCCCUCUCCUCGCAGAGAAUUAAAAACAUCAAGCCAUGGAGAGACAUUACCGGGGGAGCGGCGGUGCCCUUUCUCUUGCUUGUCCAACUUCGCACCAUUUCCCCAACAUCGCGUCGCUAUUUCUGCAACUCAAGUCGCCUGCGGUCACUGUUUGUAUUUCUUAGCCGGCCUGUUGCAUGCAUGAUUCCAUAAGCCUUGUCGAAUACGGAGUAAUGAGAUAAUAUGACGUUGAGGAUUUAUCGACAAUCGUCAAACCCUGCAACAUGCGCACGUUUGUUACCGGUUGUAUGUUACCCAAACUUAGGUAGUAAUUGGAGCUUCUUCUCACACAAUACGAAACAUGGUUACAAAUGAUCAACACGAUGCUCACAGCAAAUGCUCACUGACGUAGUGGUGGAGCUUAAUCGAUAAGUUGCCGACGCUAGCGGCUCAUUACCAGGAACUUCAUUUGCGCAGCUGGCCAUCCACCAUCAACACCUGGUCAUGAAGCCUCUGCGGCCUUUUCCUUUCCCUUUGAAUAUCGGGACCGACAUUUGCCAAAUCUCCCGUAUUUACCAUAUACUGUCAGGCCCGCGGGCUCUACGCUUUGUAAACAGAGUUUUAGCCCCUGAAGAGCUGGCGAAGAAAGAUGCACGAUUAAAUGUACUUUACCAGGCGGCAGCGCGUAAGGCUCCAUCACGACGUGCCACAAGCGAAGCCAGCAAAAGCCUUCAGCCACAUGAAUACAUCACAUCAAAGGAUCCUGAACUGUGGAAAUGUGCUGCUUUCAUAGCAGGAAGAUUCGCUGUAAAGGAGGCUACCAUUAAAGCACACCCACACCGUCAUUUGACGUUUCACGAUAUCAUGGUUGAGCGACGGCUUGUGAAGGGCGAGGUAUUGGGCAGUGGCCCGCCAAUUGCGCGUAUACGGGGCGGCGAAGGAGAAGCAGAAGAUACAAGUGCAAUGGUGUCUAUAAGCCACGAUGGAGAUUAUGCAACAGCUGUGUGCUUGGGUUCUGAGCCAAGUAAUGAGGAUAAAAGAGAUAAAGACUUACAGACAUAGCAUACUAUAUAUACAAGUUUUAGUAUAUUAGUUAUAAGAAUAAUAACUUUAAGAAGAUAU